UUGUGCUCUGCGCCAAACCUGCGGGUUGGUGAGGGGAGCGCACGUGCCCGCGGCCUGGAACGGCGGGCCGGUCUGGAACUUGUGCUAGGAUCCCAGCCCUGCCUGCUGGCCGGCUGGGUGGUCCCUGCCAAGAACUUACUCCUCUCUGGGCCUCCUGCAGGGCAGGCUUCGGCACAGGCUAUCACAAGUGCUUGUGAAGAGAGGCCUGGAAAGCGACAAAAUAGGGACUAAAUCUCAAAGAAAAUUUGGAGUGCGGACAUCAGCCUGGCUGCCUGGGGACGCAAGGCUCUGGACAUCGCAGAGAAUGAGAUGCCAGGCCUGAUGCACAUGCGGGAAAUGUACUCUGCCUCCAAGCCACUGAAGGGUGCCCGCAUUGCUGGCUGCCUGCAUAUGACUGUGGAGACUGCUGUCCUCAUUGAGACUCUGGUUGCCCUGGGUGCUGAGGUGCGGUGGUCUAGCUGCAACAUCUUCUCCACUCAAGACCACGCAGCAGCUGCCAUUGCCAAGGCUGGCAUUCCAGUGUAUGCCUGGAAGGGUGAAACAGACGAGGAAUACCUGUGGUGCAUUGAGCAGACUCUGUACUUCAAGGAUGGGCCCCUGAACAUGAUUCUGGACGAUGGUGGUGACCUUACCAACCUCAUUCACACUAAGUACCCACAACUUUUGUCAGGCAUCCGAGGCAUUUCUGAGGAGACCACAACUGGGGUCCACAACCUAUACAAGAUGAUGGCCAAGGGGAUACUGAAGGUGCCUGCCAUCAAUGUCAAUGACUCUGUCACCAAGAGCAAGUUUGACAACCUCUAUGGCUGCCGGGAAUCCCUCAUAGAUGGCAUCAAACGGGCCACAGAUGUGAUGAUUGCAGGCAAGGUUGCAGUUGUAGCAGGCUAUGGCGAUGUGGGCAAGGGCUGUGCCCAGGCCCUAAGGGGUUUUGGAGCCCGCGUCAUCAUCACUGAGAUUGACCCCAUCAAUGCACUGCAGGCUGCCAUGGAGGGCUAUGAGGUAACUACCAUGGAGGAGGCCUGUCAGGAGGGCAACAUCUUUGUCACCACCACGGGCUGUGUGGACAUUAUCAUUGGUCGGCACUUUGAGCAGAUGAAGGAUGAUGCCAUCGUGUGUAACAUUGGACACUUUGAUGUGGAGAUCGAUGUGAAGUGGCUUAAUGAGAAUGCUGUGGAGAAGGUGAACAUCAAACCCCAGGUGGACCGCUAUCGGUUGAAGAAUGGGCGCCGAAUCAUCCUGCUGGCUGAAGGCCGUCUGGUUAACCUGGGUUGUGCCAUGGGCCACCCAAGCUUUGUGAUGAGCAACUCCUUCACAAACCAGGUGUUGGCACAGAUUGAGCUGUGGACCCACUCAGACAAGUACCCUGUUGGGGUUCACUUCCUGCCCAAGAAGCUGGAUGAAGCAGUGGCUGCAGCCCACCUGGGCAAGCUGAAUGUGAAGCUGACCAAGCUGACUGAGAAGCAGGCCCAGUACCUGGACAUAGCCCAUGAUGGCCCCUUCAAGGCUGAUCACUACCGCUAUUGAGAGCCAGAACUGCCUUUCACCUUCCAGCUGCCAUCCUUGUCCAGUCCCCACUUUUCCUUUCUUAGAGCAAGUGGCACCAACUUUGCAGUUGCUUUCCCAGUGUUCUCCCUGGGGCCCCUGGGGCUGGUCAUCCUUCAUACUGUUCCAAGUGCGGCAAGGGGAAUGGAGAGGUGUCAAGAGAGACAUCCAUAGGGAACCAUGAGCUCAGGGGUCUUAGAAGUGCUCAGUCGGUCAGUCCUUCCUUAGGCUGGAAGUUGGUAGUAGUAGUCACAAAAUGCAUGCACAUUACUGUCUAGGCCCUCAUCUGGCCUAUGAACUUAGACCUGUGUGCUUGAUUUACAGAUUUACUAAUUUCUCAGCCCAUGAUAGAUGAGAAGGAGCUGUUUCAAGGGGCGAAGAAAACUCUUGGAGUUUAAGUGUUCCUGAGAGCUUGGAUUAUUUAGUGCUGGGCCUUCUCGUAAACCUCAGAAUAUUAAAGUUAGUCUUUUUAGUCCCUAUUUCACAGGGAUUAGAAUAGACUGUAAGGGAUGGUCAAGAAAGGACAAAGAGGUGAUAGCCAGAGGUUGACAAGGGCCACAAGAACAUAAAAGCAUGCAUGGAUUUGCCAUGACAUUGUAAUAUGAUGGUUCCUACCACAGCCCUGAGUCAAAAGAAUUAAUUUGGUUUCUAAUGUUCAUAUAAUGUUUAGAAUGUUAAAAGAAGGCAGGAAGGUGGGUAAAUAAAAAUUUUGGUGCCUUAAAGAA